GUGACCGAUGAAAGGUCGAUGGGUCCUCCGCAAUAGACACUGUCGGAGACGUUGGUACACCUCGGAAAGGUAUAAAAGGCUCCGUCUAAGGACGAAGUGGCUCAGUCGUUCGAAAAACGAUCGAGGGUUCGGAAUCCGUCUGUCUGGUAGACCCUCCUGCGCGCCUCUUCGCUUUUUCCAAUUCUAUCGAACUAUCGUCCCCUUCGUUCUAACUACCUAUACUCGGAGAUCGGACACGAUAACCAUUCGCGUUAGACGUCGAGUUAGUUAAACCUGAUACUCGUACUACGGAAUCGUACUACGAGCCAAGGGAACGCGACGACCGAUACAUUGUACGAAACGAGAAGAGUUAAGAGGCCGUUAACGAGAGGGACGCGCGUGAGAAAGAAGAAAAUAGAAGAAGAGAAUAAGUUCGCGUGACUAACAAGUAUGGAGGAUAAGAAAUAACGAAGAAGAGAAGAGAUCGAGUGAACUGGAAUCGACAGACGUGUUCCAGAGGGACAAGUUUUUAGAGUGCACUUGCUUUUCUUCGUUCGGGGGCAGAGGGUGAAGAAGACAACGAUGGCCGGAUGGUGGAGCCUCGGUGGUGCUUUUCUUCUGCUUUUUGGUAUUCUCCUUGCUUCCUAUUUGUACAAGAUCAACUGGAUCAAGGACCUAAGAUUCGAAGGUGACAACAAAAGAGUUUUAGCCAAUUACUUGGAAUCGAAAAAGCGUAAAUUGGGUAAGCUUCCUCCGGUUUAUCCGAACGGGUGGUUUGCCCUGUUAGAGAGUUCUCAAUUGGACAAGGGUCAAGUAAAACACGUAGCUGCUCUCGGACAGAAUUUUGCCGUCUUCAGAACAGAUAAUGGGACGGUGAGAAUUUUAGACGCUUAUUGCCCUCAUCUGGGUGCAAAUAUGGCAGAGGGUGGCCGUGUAAAGGGUGAUUGCUUGGAAUGUCCCUUUCACGGUUGGCUAUUUCGCGGUUCCGACGGACAAUGCGAUUACAUCCCCUAUGCUGACAAAGUGCCACAUAUUGCCAGAACGAAAACUUGGAAAAGUUGCGAGGCUAACGAGAUCAUCUUCGUUUGGCACCACGCCGAGGGAUUAGAACCACACUGGCAGCCGCAAACGAUUAGUCACGUUUUAAACCGAACAUGGCGUUAUCAGGGUCGAAACGAGUUUCUUAUCAAUUGUCAUAUACAGGAAGUUGCGGAGAAUGGUGCCGAUUCGGCACACCUGAGCGCGGUGCACGGACCAGCGAUAUUUGCAAAAAUUGCACGUAUCUUCUCUGCUUUCGCUCGUCAUUCGUGGACGAACGUCAAUUGGGCACCGCAUAAUUCUUUCUUAGAGUCUCAAAACUCGAACGGAACCGAGUCGGAGAAACAGGAUGGUGAAAAUUUAAGGCACAGAGCAUACAUGACUUUACGGCACAGACUGAUUCUGUUCGAGAAGUUCCAAGUUUUACCAUUGGACGUAAACGUUCAGCAAAUCGGCCCAGGAUACGUUGAACUCAUGAUGCACAGCUCUCUAGGAUCCAUGUGUAUUUUCCAAACGGUGACACCGAUGGAACCCCUCUUACAAAAGGUGACUCACAUACUAUACUGUCCACCAUUGCUUGGUCCAUACGCUAGUAUGUUAUUCCUAGGAGAGUGUUUAAUGUUCGAAAGAGACGUAGCCAUUUGGAAUCGAAAGAAGUUCGAGAAACGACCGCUCCUGGUCAAAGAAGAUAAAAGUAUAAUUGCUUAUCGCAGGUGGUACGCCCAAUUUUAUUCGGAGCAUAGUCCAAGUUAUCAUUCCGCUAUCAAAUCUUUACAAUGGUAGCGAUACCAUUCCUGUUAUAAAGCAUUUUCACAUCUUUGAUAACGCCCGCUAAAUUUCAUAUCUCUGAUAAUUGUAAGAACGAUAAUAUUAGCGAUUAUAUUAAAUAAAUACAUUUUAGUGCAAUAAGA